UACUCAUACAAGAGCCUUGAGCAUACUGCAUCCAACUAUCUCUCCGCCCUACCUGGUCCCAGCUAGCAAGCGUCAAUCAACAUCACACAAAAGUCUGCAACAGUCUUCGGACCCCAACUCAGAGGCCCGCGUUUCCGUCGCCGCGACCAAAUGGCGUUUUCGCUACUCACUUCCAGCCGCGCUGCCCAGCAGGCGGCGUCAGUGCGGGGCAAGGCGUCACGUCGCCAGGCCCAGCCGGCCGCGCCUGCGCCUGCGAAUGCUGCUACUGCCAGCUGCAGUGGUCGUGUGGAGCCUGUGCAUCCUGCCGGGCUGUGGGGACGGCGCGCGAGCAUCGAACGGUCGCGGUACCUUCUUCGCGUAGCUGCCGACCCCAGCCUUGCGCAGCCCAGCACGAGCCUAGAGAAGCACCAGAUGCACAAGAACCAGCCCGAGAAGCACGAUGAGGUGUAUGACAUGAGCACCUGUCCUAUGGGUGGUGUGGAGGCCAUCAUGCGCAAGGAGUCGCAGGGUAUCCUGACCACAACUCCGGACGUCACCCUCGCCGCGAUUAUCCCGAAGUUGAACAAAGUCACCGGCCUGCCCGUUCUGGACGCGGAGGGCAAGGUGGUAGGCGUCAUCAGCCGCAAGGACAUCAUCCGCGUGCGCAAGUCGGGCAGCACCAUGACGGAGCUGGUGAAGAAGCACAUGACCUCGCCCGCCAUCACCGUGUCCAUCAGGGCCACGGUGCAGGAGGCCGCCGACAUCAUGCUCAAGUACGGCAUCCGCCGCCUUCCAGUGGUGGACACCGACGGCCGGCCCCUGGGCCUGGUGUCGCGCUCGGAUAUCUUCAAGCCGCUGGGCGACUACACCAAGGUCAUGGAGGAGGAGCUGGCCAUGCUGGCGGGCAAGGGCAGCUGGCAGAUCAAGUACCUGUUCGACGGCAGCUGUCCCAUCUGCUCGUCCAUGAAGGAGCUGUUGGAGCGCCAGGACAAGGGUGCCGGCCGCAUCAUCUUUGUGGACGUGUCGUCCAGCAAGUAUCGCCCCUCCAAGAACAUGGGCAUCAGCCAGGAUGAGGCCAUGACCACCAUCCACUCCAUCCGCCCCGACGGCUCCGUGCUGCAGGGCACCGACGCCAUCCGCGCCAUGUACACGGUGGUGGGCCUGGGCUGGCUGGCCUUCCUCAUGGAGCUGCCGCUGUUCACACAGGCUGUGGACGCGCUGUACGACUUCAUUAGCCGCAACCGCAUUUCGCUGGGCAGCGCCAUGGACACACUGCUGGCGGGCAAGAAGCUGCAGAUGAGCAAGCAGGGCGUCACCACCUGCUCCGACGUGGACGAGGAGUGCAGCGUGGACUGGUAAACAACACGGCAAAGCGACAGCCGCGGCCGCGGCGGCAGGAGCCCUGCAGCAGCAGCUGCUGCAGCUGCUGAUGCUACAGCAAUGGCGGCAGCAGCAGCAGUAGUACGUGGUGGCGCAGCACGCCACGCAGGACGGCUUCUGCGUGGACAGCAGCCGGCACUGGAGCAAGGUCUGAGCGAUCUUAGAGCGGGCGUUGGCGCGGGAGCGCGAAGCGGACAUCGGCAGUUCGGCACUGGGCCCGGCGCAUGGUGUGGGGCGCGGGAGCAUGCAUCUUGGGAGCAUCCGUUUAAUGCGCAGCGGCGGCGGCGUGCAUGGCAGCGGUGUGCAGCGUCCGCAGCAGCGUGCGCAGCUGCGCCGCUCGUGCACCACACGCAUUAUGACCGGUGACGGGCAAGGACCGAUGAUGGGCAAUGUGUCACGUGCGCGGACUCUCGGGUUGCGGCAUGCGCUAUCGUUCCUCACACGGGACGCCUGCGGGACGUGAUCUGGUCAAGAGCGCAAUGGCACCGUAUGGCGCCUUUGGCAAGGGAGGUUGAAGAGCUCUUUCAUUUCGCGGGGGUGGCGGCGUUUCCAAUUGAUCCUUAGUUUAUUUAGAUGAGUAGGGAUGCACUGUGUCUGUUGCUUUCUAUUCGCUGCUGGUGCCCGCUGCAUUGGCGGCGCCGGCGCGGCCGGAACCCGAGCGGCACGCGCGGCCUCCGUGAAACGACUCCGGCGCAGCUAGCAUCGGGGCCGUGCUGGGAGGUGGCGGCAGCGUUAUGCGUCGAUCAGGCGGAACGUUCUUCCGAUUUCAUUCGCGUGAGGGGUCAGAGCUUGGCAUAGCGAGAUAAACGUCUUCGUGCGUAGUGCGCGUGACACCAGAGUGCAGAAUUGCAUGGGCGCGGCGGCGGGAUUGGUGCAGGUCGGACACUCGCCACGCGUCGGCACUGGACGCAAACCUUCCCACUGCUGCGCAGGCUGUGGCCGCUGUGUUGCCUGCCUGCACGCCCCUUCUGAGAGGCGCCGGUGUGAUGACGGCGAUUGUCCUUCCCAUCCUCUUCGGUGUCUGUGCGCGAGUCGUAGCAAUAAGUUGGUUUGCGGGAGAUAUAGUAUUUCAGAUAAUUACGGAUGCGGGCGGUGGGGGUCCGAAUGCGACGCCUGCGCGCAUGGGGUUACGCCGGACCACACGCGUGGGUUCAGGAGUCAGGACCCUUCGUGAACCGUCUGCAGAUCAGGGCGAGGGGCGAGCGGUCGGUCCCAUGUGGUGCGAAUGGGGGGUACUUGAAGGACAUUCGAGCCAUCCUCGGAAGUGGCGGACGGAGGUGGCGCGGGGUCUGAUGUGUGGUGGGAGUCCCCUACACCAGAUGGGGUGCUGCGUAGUUGACGGACGCGACAGCGGAGGCUUUUGAGGUCGAUAAUGUACACAGUAUUUCGGCAUUGCGGCAUCAGUUAUAUUAUUAUUUGGAUGCGCCGUUACCAGGCUAGGACAGGCGGCUCUCCAACGUCAUGUUCGCUUGUGUUGCGGUUUAUCAAGCACGUCGAUAACAGGCGAUGAAGGGUAACGCGCACGGUCCACUGACAGUUUUGCGCACGGCACCUUGCGGUCAGGAGGCCACCAAGUCGAAACGAAGAAUUAGGAAGGGGCUUAUGGACGAGGCUCAAUCCGUGCAUGUAAAUCACGUCAACU